ACUAUCACAAUUACCACAAAAUCAUUCGAGCAGAGAUGAGUGACACAAGCUAUAAAUUUUCCUACGAAAGAUCACUGGAUGCUCUAUACAUAUAUGACUUAUUUCUUGUUUGAGUAUACGUCAGUCACAAAGAGCAUAAAAGCAAUGCGUAUUUACAAAACGCGACUCGCCAAUUACUUUAUAAAGACGAACAUAACGUUGGCACAGUUCUUCACCGGUUCACAAAAAACACCAGUUCGUUCCUGGAUGCCGGCUAAUGCUAUGGAUCUGCGAAAUGUGUUCAGAUGCGACUCGCUAUUUGUGAAGCCCCGAGACCGCUGACAGCAAGGAUGGAAUAGGUUUUGUUUACGAGAAGCAAUCAUGACGAUGACUCUACAGCCGGAGUCUGAAGACCCUUUCUUUCUUGACCGACCCCAGACAGAUCGAUCAAGCGGGCGGCAGAGCACCCGGGCGGUCACCCGCCCCGGCAUCCACAAGGAUGACACGCAUUUACACAUCCCGUCCUCGGGGCCGAGGAAGCCGUCCAUCCGCUACGGGAGCCUGAACAUGACCAAGUUGAAUACCUUGGAGAAGAAGAAGCAGAAUAUCAUGAUUGAAAACGAGGUGCGGAGGAUGACUGGCUCCUUCAGCCACAAGAAGGAAUCCGAGGACGACUACUCUGAUCGGAUCAAGGGUGUUUUGGAUAUAACAUCCUCCUCCAGGAAACCCACUAAACUUACCGAAGAUGACUUGGAGGUGCUUCACAAGAGGAAGUUGUAUAAGAGACUCUGCACGCGCAUGAACCUGACCCCGAACCUAAAGUUCCUGCGGCAGCUGGGCUUCACCACGCAUUUACAUCUAACUGGCUGUAACCUGCAGCCAGAGGGCAUUAAGGCCAUUUGUGUUCUUAUCAUGUACGAAAACCUUCGUCUUCUCGAUGUCUCGGGGAAUAACCUGGGCAUUAAGGGACUAGAAUACGUCCUGGACGUGGUCAGACAAAGCAACACGAUCAACACGUUGGACAUUUCAAAUAACCAAAUAGGUUAUGGCAACGUGAAGUAUAUCACUUCAUUCCUGCUGAGACAGAAGUCGAUUAGAGAAAUAGACAUAUCGGGCAACGGCUUCAACGACAACGAUGCGAAGGGGAUGGCAAAGUUAAUAGAGAAUGAUGACUUCCUCCUGUCGUUACGCGCCAGUAAUAACCAAUUUGGCGACUACUCGGGCCGGCUGAUCGGGGAAGCAUUGAAAGAGAACCACACUAUGCUCGAGCUCGACCUCAGCUGGAAUCAUAUACGGGGCAAGGGGGCUGAGGAGGUAGCUCAUGGAUUGAUAGAUAAUGUCCGUCUCAUCAGCUUGAAUGUCGCAUGGAAUGGUUUUGGCCACCAAGGGACCUGUGCAAUGGCUCAUGCACUCAUGAGCAACACCACCCUAGAAUUCCUCGACCUCUCCCACAACCGCGUCCACCAGAAACAAUUCUUUGAGCUCCUGGAGGGGCUGAUCAAGAACAAAACACUCCAGGUCCUGCGGAUAGGGCACAAUCCAAUCCCGGCUGUGUUCACCAGUACCUUCUUGUAUAAACUGAGGGAGGCGAAGGACAGUGGUCUCAGAGAGCUGGAUAUGUCUGGAGUUAUCGUGGACAAAGAAUUCGAAGCCGUCUUAGAGGAGAUACAGCAGGACCGCAUCUUUGUCGCCAAAUUCGACCACAGCCUCCCCAUCAAUGUGGAAAACUGGAGCGACAGAUUCAAGACGCUUCAUGUCAAAGACGUUGACAAGACGUACACGGUGGAUCCCAUCCGGUUGUUCUUCUACCUGAAGUCUAAUCUGCGCGUGAUUGACAUGUUUCGGGAAAUCGACAUGGAUGGCGACGGAAUGUUGGCAAAGGAGGAGGUGAAGAACAAGCUGGUGAAAGAUGGCUUCCCAGUCAGCAGCAGAGCGUUGGAUAUCUUAUUCAAUUUCUUGGACCAGGAUGGUGAUGGGAUGAUAAACAUGUUAGACUUCAUGGAAGCCGAGCGGAAAUACAAACGCAAGGUGAUAUCCGACCGUAAGACAGUAGCAGAACCACGCAAGAGCAUAAGUGCUGCGUCCGACCCACUUGCCGGAAGUAAAUACUCCUCCACAUUCCAUCAAUACAUGACAAAGGUGCAUACGAAUGAAAAGGACAGAAUUGCGGACAAAAUUUCAAAAAUUAUGAAUCCUGUAAGAGAGAAACUUUCAAAGAAAAUAAGUAAUUUGCCUCCGAUUCAUUCUUUAGCGGAUUUAUCUUUAGAAAGUCGUAGUCUUGACGAUGACGAUUCUGAUAAGAAAUCAGAGUUGUCUGAUAUACUUUCCAAUGACCAGAGUGACAUUUCAACAGAUCAGUUGACCUAUCACGCCCCUUCGCCCAUUUUGGAGCCAAGUUUUACUUCAGAGCUGCCAGAGAUUAAAGUCACACAGCCAAAAGAAAAUGGCAGGAAAAGUAAACAGCGAAAAAGGACAACAUCAAUCACACCCCAGACCUCGAGGCGGAUAUCUCCGAUUCCAAAGGGCAGAGGCCAGUCCAUGAGACGGCCAUCAGUUUCAAAUGUCUCCAAGUUGCCAAAAAUAACGUAGCGUAUUGUACAACGCCAACCUCCAAAUAGACAUUCAGCAGUUUAAAAUCAGUGCAAAUAAGCGAUGUGCACUCAUCACACACAGCUACAUUGGUGUAAGGGUCGGCAUAAAGCAAGUUCUGUAAACAGGGACCUUUACAGUUUUGUGUAUGCACCAUCAAACUCAAACAGCACCUAACUUUCAACCAAAUGCGUUAAGCAUUAAAUCACAGGACUGCAUGCAUCAAGCUUUUCAAUCACUCAGUUAGGAUUGCGAGAAUAACGGGGCAAACAGACUGACU